AAAACCUGCCAAAACUGUAAGCUAUAUAAACAGGAUUUGCAGCGUAGCAUACAUAUAGCCAAGUCUGACCCGAGGAACCACAACAAACAAUCAAACAAAACCAUGAAGGUCCUUGUCCUGCUAGCAGCUGUGUUCUCUUCGGUGGCACAGUCCCUCAUGUUCCAGCCCCUGGACUGUGCAGACAUCUACAACGCUGGCUCAGGCAGCAGUGGAGUCUACAGGAUCUACCCCGCAGGACCCAACUCUCCCACUAGAUCCCUUUUACACCGACAGUCCAUUUACUGCCUCUCAUUCUCCCCUUUCAUUCCUUGGUCUGUCUCUCCAUGGCUCCAGGUGUUCCUCGCUAGGAUGGACGGCACAGUGAACUUCUACAGAGGGUGGGACCAGUACAAGAACGGCUUCGGACAUGCGGCUGGAGAGUACUGGCUGGGUCUGGAGACCAUCCACCUGCUCACCACGAAGAAGGACUACGAGCUGAGGGUGGACAUGGAGGACUUUGAGGGGAGGAGGGUCUACGCUAACUACUCCUCCUUCUCCAUCUCUCCCGGGGCGGUCAAUGCUGAGGUGGACCUCUACAAGCUGCACGUCAGUGGCUUCAGAGACGGAGGGGCAGGGGACUCGCUGGCCCCCCACAAUGGACGACCGUUCUCCACAUUUGAUCGAGACAACGACGCUAAUUCAGGAAAUUGUGCCUUAACAUAUAUGGGUGCAUUUUGGUACAACAAUUGUUUUCAUGCCAGUCCAACUGGAGUCUACAUGUGGGGAGCUGAUGAUGAAAAAAGUUCAACCUGGUAUACCUUUAAAAGUAAUUAUUAUUCUCUUAAGUCCAUUUCUAUGAAGAUAAGACCCGUCACUCGUCAAAUGUUAGUGGAAAAAAAAUCAUGGCUGCCUCCCUCUCACGUCUUAACUGAAAAUCAGCUCAACUGAAUACCUAAAGUAGACAAGGAGCAUAAUCUGUUCUGGUGACUAAACCUGAAUGUUUUUUUGUUUUUUUUACAAAAAGUGCUGUCUUUUUAUGAUACACCUAUGUGAUUGAUAAUUAUACUUUAGGCCUAACACAGUUUUUGUGUAACAUUUCCUAGAAUAUACACAUAUAUU